GGGUUGGCUGUCAAUGGGCAAUAAAAAAACAACCAUUGCAAGUAAAAACAAAUCGCAUUCCAGCGUAGAGUUUUGUGAAUUUUUAUUGCGAGUACGGCUUAAAACGGUCCCGAUUUGUUCCGUGCACAAUCCGCCAUCCUAGAGGCAUUUGUAUACGGCGUGGCGUUCAACACAUCCGGCGUACGAUGAGUUUCUCGAGCGAUGAAGUAAACUUCCUAGUUUACCGCUAUUUGCAGGAGUCUGGUUUUUCCCAUUCCGCGUACACAUUCGGCAUCGAAUCGCACAUCUCACAGAGCAACAUCAAUGGGGCGCUGGUACCGCCGGCCGCCCUGCUCAGCAUACUGCAGAAAGGGUUGCAAUAUACGGAGGCCGAAAUCAGUAUUGGUGAGGAUGGGACCGAGCAGCGGUUGGGCGAGAGUUUGAGUCUGAUCGACGCCGUAAUGCCCGAGGUGGUAGCGAACAGGCAGAAUAUGCAGAAUCAGCAGAAGCAAGCAACAAAAACGGAACCACCGGAGACGAACGGAACGACGGAGGAACCGGCUGCACCACCACCGACGACGACGACUACCGCUUCAACAACACCGGCUCCGGUGGAAACGAUGGAAGUGGAUCAGAGCAUUGAAAUACCCGCUUCGAAGGCGACGGUGCUUCGCGGACACGAGAGUGAGGUGUUUAUCUGUGCUUGGAACCCGAGUACGGAUCUGCUGGCCAGUGGAUCGGGCGACAGUACGGCUCGCAUUUGGGACAUGUCCGACAAUCCGGCCAACCCGAAUCAGCUCGUGCUGCGUCACUGCAUCCAGAAGGGCGGCACCGAGGUACCGAGCAAUAAGGACGUUACGUCACUCGACUGGAACUGCGACGGUACACUGCUGGCCACGGGGUCGUACGAUGGUUAUGCUCGCAUUUGGCGUACGGAUGGUUUGCUGGCAAGCACACUGGGUCAGCACAAGGGACCGAUUUUCGCACUGAAGUGGAACAAACGGGGCAACUACAUCCUUUCGGCCGGUGUGGACAAGACGACGAUCAUCUGGGAUGCAGCCACCGGUCAGUGUACGCAGCAGUUUAGCUUCCACUCGGCGCCGGCGCUGGAUGUGGACUGGCAGUCGAAUCAAUCGUUUGCCAGCUGCAGCACGGAUCAGUGCAUUCACGUGUGCAAGCUCGGGGUGGACAAACCCAUCAAAUCGUUCCAGGGACAUACGAAUGAGGUGAAUGCAAUCAAAUGGGAUCCUCAGGGACAGCUGUUGGCUUCCUGUUCGGAUGACAUGACGCUGAAGAUUUGGUCGAUGAAGCAGGACACUUGCGUGCAUGAUCUACAGGCUCACUCGAAAGAGAUCUACACCAUUAAGUGGUCGCCAACCGGUACCGGAACGCAGAACCCGAACAUGAACCUUAUUCUGGCCAGCGCUUCCUUCGAUUCCACCGUUCGCCUAUGGGACGUCGAGCGAGGCGUGUGCAUUCACACGCUCACAAAGCACACCGAACCGGUGUAUUCGGUAGCAUUUAGCCCCGACGGCAAGUUCCUUGCUUCCGGUAGCUUCGACAAGUGUGUCCACAUCUGGAGCACCCAGAGCGGACAGCUGGUGCACAGCUACAAGGGUACGGGCGGCAUAUUUGAGGUGUGCUGGAACUCGCGCGGCAGCAAGGUCGGCGCCAGCGCCAGUGACGGCAGUGUGUUUGUGCUGGAUCUUCGGAAGUUAUGAGCGGCGGCGUCCGGACCGUCCACUGGUACCGGGUCAGGAUCGGCACCCGGGCCACCACCGCCCCUGCUAACGGCGGCUGAGAAAAAGUCCUAACAAUCAUUGACAGGCGCCCGGCGAACAAAUAAUCCCAAGCAGUAGUAGUAGCAGUAGUAGUGGCUGCUUGGGAUCCGCGGCAUUUGUUCCGUUCCGGAAGGCGCUCACAAUUAUACAACAACCGUGCUUCACCGCUGGGGCCGGAUCUACUUGACGUGUGUGUUCGUAUUAACAACACUCCUUUAGCUUAUUGUAGGGAAGCGACAGAGCGACAGGGAGAAGCAGAGACAAGGACGAGAUCGAGAACGUUGUGUAGAUCGAUAUGAUGUAAGCUUUUAUUUUAUUGAAAACCAUCAAAUCCAUUAUGAAGAGGAUGAUUCCAUCCACCAGGGGAGGCAUUCUACCGUUCGUUUGGGUGAAGAAAACCGGAACGGAUACUUUUAAGAAAUUAAGAAACAUAUUUUAAGACAUUAACACUUCAAUGAUCGUGUAGUGCGUAGAGAGAGGGAGAGGGAGAGAGUAGAUCGUUUUUUCCGGUAGGGACUUCCGUGCUUCACGAAGGAGAAAGUGAGGAAUGCACAGGGGAAGGCAACAUGUUUGUCAUCUUCGUGUUCAACAAGCUCGGUUUUUUGGAGUAAGUGAGUAAAAUAAAUAUCCAGCUGUAAAUGCCUUCAAAACAUGGACUUUAA